UUUUGCUUCGAUGUGAUUAGUGGAAGAUAGCAAGAUGGGCCAUGCUGAGCCAUUCUAGCUCCUUUAGCAGUAGGCGACUUGCUUCUCAAAUCGAAAAGCGACCCAUGAUGGAAUCGGUGAGGAGAAGAAGGUCGUCGCAGCUCAGUAUGGAACGAAAACGCGACAAAUUGGAAGAUCCCAACAAGAAACAAACGUUUACAAAAUAUCGAUGGUCAAGAUGUUUCUGGUCCAAAAUCAUUCAUACUCUCCCAAGGAGGAAUUGCGCACGCAAGGGUGGCACCAUCAUGCUGUUGCUGAUUCUGCUGCAUGUGUUAUCGCGGGAUUAUCUUUGGGGCGGCCCAUUUGACAUCAGAGGCGGACUCUUCGGUGCUUGGGCUGACGCUGGCUUGCGGCUCUUAUUCUCAUCGAAAGCAGCUACGCCGAUUGCAAAAGUAGACUAUCCACAUGUUGUAUUGCGAUCCAGUCGCAAAGAGAUCCCCGGUUACAGUCUUUUUUUAGAAGAGCUGCUGUCGAGAGCAGCAGGAGAGAAUAUCGAUUGGGACGCUUCAGAAGUACGCAACCACGACAAUCCACGCCAUGCGCAUUCGGUGGUGAACUUUUUUGAAGGUGGAGAUUACGAAUCAUCUUCUAAUGCUUCCUCGGAUUCUGUUAUUGACGUUUUGGCGAAACAGAACUGUCAACCACGUUGGCUUUGUCAGAGAUGCUUAAACGCAGCCCAAUAUGGGUCGCUGACUCAAUGUCGUCAAUUGUGCCCAGAGUGCCUUGAAGAUACACUCUGCCAGCCUUCUUUGGUUCGCAAUCCACCCUUUUCUAUCCUCAUGCAACGUCCAGUGACAUCAACGAUUCCACGUAUAGUUCAUAUGAUGUGGCACGAGCCACUGGACAGUUUGAAGUAUCCGGAGCUCGUCCGGAUUCAAAACGGAUGGCGGAGUACCGACUUUUCCUUUCGAUUUUACACGCCAGAUACCGCACGUCGGUAUAUUCAAAAGAGCUACCCGUUGCGUAUCAUAGAGGUGUAUGAUUCUAUCCAGUCGUUGUCAAUGCAGAUUAAUUGCGCGCGAGUUCUGAUUCUUUUGAGGGAAGGGGGCGUGUUUGCAAAUGAGGUUCUCUUGGUUUCAGGCGUGUCCUUUUUUGCUGCGCGAGAAGACGAUAUGGAACACUGCCUUUGGACUGGAUUGGUUGGAGCAAGUCCUGGUCAUGUGAUUUUGGUUAAGGAAGCGGAAGAAUUUUUAACACGCCUGUCUACAAAAGGAAGCUAUUUUGACAUCGACCGUAGCUUAUGUACGGCGCUGGGACCGAGUGCCGAGCUGUGGAAAGCACGUGUGUAUGUCGAUGAAACAACUAUCGAUUCCUGCGCGCUUGGCCGAGCCGUUCACACUGCUCUUGGAGAGCGGAAUUCAGUGAUGCAUUUUUCAUUGGGAAAACUUCAGAUUCCUUUAAGCAAUAACAGACUCUAUGAAGGAGAUGCCCUUAUACUUCUCAUGAGUAAAUCUGACACUGGUGCCACUCGAAUUUCUGACAUCGAGCGAAAUAUAUUGAUUGCCUCCACAUCUAUGGUGGGACUCUCGAAAGAGAGCCUGUACGAGCGUAUACAUCACGCCACAUUGCGGAACUCGAGAGCGGAAACCAGCACUCCCAUGAAGGGGACUGUCCUGGAACCUUAG